GCCCCCCUCGCCCCAGCAGGACCCCCGACCCUCGCCCACCACUGUCCCACCGCUGCCUCUGCCCCGCCUGGAUGCGCUUGGCGCGGGGGGGCGUCGCGGGGCUGCGAUCAGAGGCGGGCGCUCUCGGCUGCGGCGCGCUCGGCUGGUCCCGGCCUCGGAGACCCCGCGCUCCGGAGGAGCCGCUGCUGGAAAGGGGGGCCUCAGGAUGGCCUUGGCGGACAAUGCCAGGCUGAGGGAGGGCUCAGUUUUCCCAGAGAUCGUGGAGCUGAACGUGGGCGGGCAGGUCUACCUCACCCGCCACAGCACCCUGCUGGGCGUGCCCGGCUCCUUCCUCUGCGACCUCUUCAGCCAGCAGAGCGCUCAGUCCUUAGCCCGGGAUAGCAAAGGACGCUUCUUCGUCGACCGGGAUGGUUUCCUCUUCCGCUACAUCCUGGACUACCUGAGGGACCGGCAGCUGGUGCUCCCGGAGCGCUUCCCCGAGCGGAGCCGCCUGCAACGGGAGGCCGAAUUCUUCAAGCUGCCUGAGCUGGCCAAGAGCCUGGCGCCCAAGAUCAGCAAGCAAGACUCGCUGGGCGAGGAGCCCUGCGCCAGCGACCCCGAGGAGUUCUCCCCCAGCACAGAGGCCGUCCGCACCCUGGGGGCGGCUGGCGCAGGCUUGGCCGGCCCCCCUGGCAGCUCCCUGACCCCCGUGGCUGGAACCGGUGGGGGGCAGGAGGCCCGACGGUCUGGAUUCAUCACCAUCGGCUAUCGGGGCUCCUACACACUGGGGAGAGACAGCCAGACGGACGCCAAGUUCCGGCGCGUGGCGAGAAUCAUGGUGUGUGGAAAGACCUCUCUGGCGAAGGAGGUCUUCGGGGAGACCCUUAAUGAGAGCAGGGACCCUGACCGUCCCCCCGAGCGCUACACCUCCAGGUACUACCUCAAGUUCACCUUCCUGGAGCAGGCCUUCGACCGACUGGCCGACGCUGGCUUCCACAUGGUGGCCUGCAACUCCACUGGGACCUGCGCCUUUGCUCACGAACAGACGGACGACAAGAUCUGGACCUCGUACACCGAGUACGUUUUCCACCGCGAGUGAUCCUCAAGCCCCAGCAGAACCGAAGCGCCACAGCCGCUGAACCCUCCCCAAUGCUCUGCUGAUGCCGAUUUCAUUCGAGAUGCCCUCGGACUUUGAGUCUCUCCCCUCCCGUGUUGCCAGCCUGAAGCCCAGCAGCUCCCGAGGGAUGCCAAUCCUCCUGCCCCUACCACAGCCCUCCUGGGAGCAUGGAACGGCUGGAGGAGGAGGAUGGCGUGCCUGGGGGGGGUGGACUGGGCUCCCUGCAGGAUUGCGCAGCUAUGCUCUCUCGGCUCUUGCAAAGCAAAAAGACCGAGGAGGGGGGGGGGGCGGCUUCAUUGCGCAACCUCACAGGGGCACUUGGUAGCCUUUCAAUGAACCAAGUUGGGAAGGACCUGACUGGACCCUCAGACCCUCGCCGGGCAUCCCGCUGCCAACGCUUUCCCCCGUCACCCCUUUGAGCAGCUGUGCCCCUGGGGUGCCAGGGCUUUUGAAUGGCAACAGAGCCAAAAGCACUAAAAAAACAACCUUGCCUCCUAUGCCCACCUGGCACGGCUAAAUAUACCCGUUUCCCUUGAUUGAAGUGGAGGGGGGGGGUGACUGCGACCUCAGUGCCCAGUUUGAGGAGGUGCCAGGGGUCACGGGGGCAGUGGGUGUUUUGCACACUCAAAGCCUUGCUCACUUUCUAAAGUGCCAUCUAAACUUUCUGUUAGAAAUAAGGAGAUUUGUGGGGAAGGGAAUGCAGGGGCCACGCCCAUCACCCAGCAUAUAAGCAGGGCACAUUCACCAGCCUGGGGAUGCUUCUGGUGGGGGGAGAGGGGGGGGUUGCCUGGCAGAGCCCCACAUAUAAGAGGCCACGUUAGGGUUGCAGAAAGCCUUUGCUUCAGGAGGGGUUUUUGCUCCUAGCUGGAAGGGAGGAGGGCCGUCUCAGGUGGGCGCCGGCAAAAGCCCCAGGUGCUUAACAGCUGCCCACAGAUGUUUUGAGUUACAGAGGUGGGAAGGGGAAACCUACAGGUGAGCCUUGUCCCAGGUGGAGGCCAGCAAAACUCUGCACGGUGUAUUUUGAGCUGGUUGCUGCUGUCGCCGGAUGAGGGGCCAGGCGUAAUAAAAGGAGCGAAAUAUU